UUUUUUUGUGGGGGGGGACUAACUUGCUCAACUGCCCUGACAAGUGGUGAGGUUAGCACACAUGAGCAGGCAGAGACAGAGGCGGCAAGCAGGAAGAGAGAGGGGGGCAAGGAAAGAAGAAGACGAAGGGAACGUAUCCUCCUCACAUGGAAGAAUGAUGGAAGUGACCCGGGGCUCGCCGCCUGCCAACAUGAGCUCGGAGGCCCAGAGAGGGACGGGAACGGGGACAGCGUGCCCGCAGGAUGAGGUGGUCUCGGGGCGCCUUGCCAAUUUGGAUGCUUUCCCGCCGCGGGACUUUAGAGGGAAGUUUAAAAAGAUGCGGCACAAGAAGAGGCCCACCAUCCUUGAAACCUCGCCCGUGGGCAAUGGCUACAACAAGCCGCCCCUCCCUCCGGUCUGCAGUCCUCAGGGGGAGAAGGGCCCGCCGGUCGCCAUGCCCAUCAGCGUGGACCCGGAGAGCAAGCCUGGUGAGUACGUCCUGAAGAGCCUCUUCGCCGCCUUCGCCACCAUGUCGGAGCACAAGAUCCGCGUCAUCAUGGCGGAGCCACUGGAAAAGCCCUUGUCAAAGUCUCUUCAGCGGGGGGAAGAUCUUCAGUUUGACCAAUUGAUGAGCACCAUGAGCUCCUUGGCCGAGUACUGCCUGCCCUCCAUCCUGCGCACUCUGUUUGACUGGUACAAACGGCAAGUCGGCCUGGAGGAGGAGCUGCACGAGUACCGGCCCAGAGCCAACACCAAGUCCAAAACUGAUGAGCAGCAGCGGGAUUAUUUACUUGAAAGGAGGGAUUUGGCGAUCGACUUCAUCUUCUCCCUUGCGCUCAUAGAAGUGCUGAAGCAGAUGCCGCUGCACCCCGUACCCGACAGCUCGGUCAACGAGGUCAUCAACUCAGCCUUUCAGCACUUUAGAUACAAAGAAGGAUAUCACGGUCCGAACACUGGCAACAUGCACACUGCAGCAGACCUUUACGCCGAGGUCAUUGGCGUACUGGCUCAGUCCAAGUUUCCUGCCGUGAAGAAGAAGUUCAUGACGGAGCUGAAGGAGCUCAGGCAGAAAGAGCAGAGUCCAUAUGUAGUGAAGAGUACCAUUAGCCUCAUCAUGGGAGUCAAGUUCUUUCGAAUUAAGAUGUAUCCUGUUGAGGAUUUCGAAGCUUCAUUUCAGUUCAUGCAGGAAUGCGCCCAAUACUUCCUGGAGGUUAAGGACAAAGACAUUAAGCACGCCUUGGCUGGGCUCUUUGUUGAAAUUUUGAUUCCUGUUGCGGCAGCGGUGAAGAAUGAGGUGAACGUUCCCUGCCUGAGGAACUUUGUGGACAGCUUGUAUGACACAACGCUCGACCUGUCGGCCAGAAAGAAGCAUUCGCUGGCGUUUUACCCGCUCGUGACUUGCCUGCUGUGCGUCAGCCAGAAGCAGUUCUUCCUCAACAGAUGGCACGUCUUCCUCAACAACUGCCUCUCAAAUCUCAAGAGUCGAGACCUCAAGCUGGCUCGCGUGGCGCUGGAGUCUCUGUAUCGCCUGCUGUGGGUCUACAUGAUCAGGAUCAAGUGCGAGAGUAACAUUGCAACGCAAGGCCGCCUCAACACCAUUGUAACGACGCUUUUCCCCAAAGGCUCUCGCAGUGUGGUGCCGAGAGACAUGCCUCUCAACAUCUUUGUCAAAAUCAUCCAGUUUAUUGCACAGGAAAGACUUGAUUUUGCGAUGAAAGACAUUAUUUUUGACCUCCUGUGUGUGGGGAAACCUGCAAAAGCCUUCAGUCUUAAUCCGGAGAGAAUGAAUAUCGGUCUGAGAGCUUUCCUGGUGGUGGCGGACAGACUUCAGCAGAAGGACGGCGAGCCGCCGAUGCCCAACACCGGCUGCACUUUACCCUCGGGGAACACGCUGCGAGUAAAGAAGACCUACCUGAGCAAAACGCUAACGGACGAGGAGGCCAAAGUCAUCGGGAUGUCCCAGUAUUACUACCACGUGCGUAAGGCUAUUGACAACAUCCUAAGACACCUGGACAAGGAGGUGGGACGCUGCAUGAUGAUGACCAACGCUCAGAUGUUGAACAAAGAGCCCGAGGACAUGAUCACGGGUGAAAGGAAGCCCAAGAUUGACUUGUUCAGGACGUGCGUGGCAGCCAUUCCUCGCAUGAUGCCCGACGGGAUGUCAAAGACGGAGCUCGUCGACCUGCUCUCCCGACUGACGAUCCACAUGGACGACGAGCUCCGACUCAUCGCUCAGAACUCUUUGCAAAGUCUGCUGGUGGACUUCUUGGACUGGCGGGAAGAGGUGCUGUUCGGGUUCGCCGGCUUUGUGCUACGUGAGGUCCAUGACUCCCACCAGGGGCUGUUAGACGGGUCGCUCAAGCUACUGCUGCAGCUCCUCACCCAGUGGAAACUGACGGCAGCGGUGGCGGGGAAGAGCUACCACGUGGCUAGGAUACACACUGCCGAGCUGCUGCAGACAAGCUCCGGCGUGAAGACGGCGGCUGAGCGAGGCCCCCACGCCGCCGUCUUGCAUGCCAUAGAGGGCCUGGCCCUCAUGCUGCUCUGCUCCUGCCGGCUCAGCACUCGAAGGCUCGCCGUCGCCGUGCUCAAGGAGAUCCGCAGCCUCUUUGCUGCGGUCGGGCAGUCGGAGGAUGACGAUAAGCCAAUGAUCGAGGUCAUGGACCAGCUCAGCCCUGUGAUCGUGGACAGCUUCGUCAGCGUGGCCGUCUCUGACACAGACGGCACAUCCGCCGGCCCCCACGUGGACCUCCAGUGGCUCGCCGAGUGGAACGCCCGGCUGGGCAACAGCCACUACGACAUCCGCAGCCCAUCGCACGUGUGGAUCCUGGCGCAGUCGGUGAAAGACCCGUGGGUGCUGUGCAUGUACAGCCUGCUGCGACAAGACUACCUGCCCAAGCAUUGCCCCACCGCCCUCGGCUACGCGUGGCCCUACGCCUUCGCUCGGCUGCAGAUGCUCAUGCCAUUGGUCGACCCCAAUCACCCGGCGAAUGCGAAGAAGACCAGCAGCACCUCGAGCAGCGCCGACAACUACGUGACUCUGUGGAGGAACUAUUUGAUCCUUUGCUUCGGGGUGGCCAAGCCCAGCAUCAUGAGUGCGGGUCACCUGAGAGCAACCACACCCGAGAUCGCCGCGGCCACGCCCGACAGCGCCGCCAGCUGCGACAACAAGGUGGUCCCAGGCUGCCCGUCCGUGGCUUGGCUCCUGAAGCAGUUGGUCCCCCUCAUGAGGUCGGAGAGCGUGGAGCUGACUGAGGCUUUGGUUCUGGGCUUUGGCCGCACUAACUCCCUCGUCUUCAGGGAACUUGUGGAGGAACUGCAUCCGCUCAUGAAGGAAGCACUGGAAAGGAGACCUGAGAAUAAGAAGCGGCGUGAACGCCGGGACCUUCUGCGACUUCAACUGCUGCGCAUUUUCGAGCUGCUGGCAGAUGCGGGUGUAAUCAGUGACAGUACAACCGGGGCUCUGGAGCGUGACACUCUCGCCCUGGGUGCCCUCUUCCUGGAGUACGUGGAUCUGACGCGGAUGCUCCUGGAAGCCGAGAACGACAGAGACGCGGAGAUCCUCAGGGACAUUCGAAUUCACUUCAGCGCCAUGGUGGCCAACCUCAUUCAGUGUGUGCCAGUGCACCACAGGCGCUUCCUGUUUCCGCAGCAGAGCCUCCGACAUCAUCUUUUCAUCCUCUUCAGUCAGUGGGCGGGGCCCUUUAGCAUCAUGUUCACCCCCUUGGACCGCUACAGUGACAGGACUCACCAGAUCACGCGCUACCAGUAUUGCGCCUUAAAGGCCAUGUCUGCCGUGUUGUGCUGCGGCCCGGUCUUUGACAACGUGGGCCUCUCUCCGGAUGGCUACCUCUACAAGUGGCUGGACAACAUCCUAGCCUGGCAGGACCAGCGGGUCCACCAGCUGGGAUGUGAAGUGGUCAUCCUGCUCUUGGAGCUCAACGCCGACCAAGUCAACCUGUUCAACUGGGCCGUGGAUCGCUGCUACACGGGCUCCUACCGGCUCGCCUCAGGUUGCUUCAAGGCUAUUGCGAUGGUGUGCGGCCGCAGAAACUACCCAAGCGAUAUAGUGACGCUGCUCAAUCUGGUCCUCUUCAAGGCAUCCGAUGCCAGCAGAGAGAUUUAUGAAAUUUCUAUGCAACUGAUGCAGAUUCUCGAGGCCAGGCUGUUUGUGGACUCCAAGAAGAUGGCUGGGCAGAAGCCUAACGGCAUCCUUUACGGCACUCACGCUGGGUUGCCGCCUCUCUACAGCAUCUCGCUCCCUCAGCUCUCCAGCCAGUUGGCCAGGAUGUAUCCUGAACUCACGCUCCCGCUUUUUUCAGAGGUUAGCCAGAGGUUCCCCAGCACCCACCCCAACGGGAGACAGAUCAUGCUGACUUAUCUCCUACCCUGGCUCAGCAACAUAGAGCUGGUAGAUAGCGGCCUGCUGCUCCCGGCCUUCACGCCGUCUUCCUCCUCCGACGACUCCUCUACAAGGGGGCGCACCUCUGCCUCCCCCCAGCAGAUUCUGAGGGGAACCGGCUGGGGCUCCCAGCAAGCCACGUCCCUGGUGCUCAACAACCUCAUGUACAUGACCGCCAAGUUUGGAGAUGACUUACCAGGAUCUGAAAUGGAAAAUGCCUGGAAUGCUUUGGUGUGCAACGAAAAGUGGAGCCACAACCUGCGAACCGCGCUGCAAUUUCUCAUCAGCCUAUGUGGCGUCAGCAGCGACACAGCGCUCCUGCCGUUCAUUAAGAAGGUGGUGAUCUAUCUGUGUCGAAACAACACCAUGCAAACCAUGGAGGAGUUGAUUUGGGAGUUGCAGCAGACGGACCCGGUCAACCCGAUGGUCCAGCACUGCGACAGCCCGCCGUUUUAUCGUUUCACCGCCUCGAGCAAGGCCGCUGUCAACGCAGCGUCAGGAACCGCAUCGAGUGCCAAUAAUGUGGUGGCAGGACAGGAGAGCUUCCUGGAUGCAGAUGAAUACAAGACAAAGGACAAUGAGGAGAGGCUCAGCCAUGUCAUGCGAGCUCACCACCGCCUGGAAUCUGGCUACAGCAACAGUUCGGGAGGGUCAUAUGAUGAAGGUGGUGAACCUCUCCCCCCUUAUGCUGACUGGCUGAUGGCCGUGGUUGAAAGCAACCGCCCCCUUCCUCUGCCGAUGCCUGUCAACGGCGGUUGCUGGGCUCCUCUGGUGGACUUCCUGCCCGAGACCCUCACCCCGAGAGGACCUCUACACAGGUGUAACAUAGGAGUCAUAUUCAUGACAGAGAUGGUGGUGGACCACAGUGUACAGGAGGACUGGGCCCUGCACCUCCCGCUGCUGCUGCAUGCCUUAUUUUUGGGCAUGGACCACUACCGUCCGGAGGUAUAUGAGCACAGCAAGCGUCUCCUCCUUCACCUGCUCAUCGCGCUGUCCUGCCGCCACAACUUCCAGGCCGUCGCCUCGGUGCUGCUGCAGAACCGCCAGCUCGACGAAGCCAAGACUCUCACUUGCCAGCCCGCCCUUCAGCCCGAGUUCAUAACAUCAGGAGCUUUUGACUUUCUGAGGGAGGGUCAGGCAUCUCCCGUGCCGGACUCCGGUCUGAGUUCCUCCUCCACGUCGUCCAGUCUGAGCCUUGGCGGGAGCAGCGGCAACCUGCCCGACAUCUCGGACGAGCUGGCGGCCCGCGCCACCGCUGACAAAAAGACCGGCAAGCUCAUUGAGUUUUUGACCACCAGAGCACGUGGACCCAUGUGGUGCCACGAGGACAUUUCACCCAAGAAUCAUGUUUCAAAAAGUACAGCCCAGCUAACAAACUUCUUGCGCCAUGUCAUGUCCGUGUUCAAAGAACCUGAAUCCCAGCUGGAGCAGCAGCUGAGCAACGUGGCCCUGCACACGGCCCUGUGCAGUUCCUCGCGUCAUUACGCCGGGCGCUCCUUCCAAGUGUUCCGAGCACUGCGCCAGCCCAUCUGCGCGCAUGCCGUCUCCGAUUUGCUCUCCAGGCUGGUAGAGGUCGUCGGGGAACACGGAGAGGAAGUGCAGGGCUACGUGAUGGAAGUUUUACUCACGCUGGAAUCCGUGGUGGACAACUUGGCCGAGUGCCUCAAGAAUAAUGACUUUAUGGCCAUCUUGACCAGAGCGUCAUCUCCGGAUCUCCUUACCACGCUGACGUUGAUGUCCAACAGGAAGAGCACGGGGCAGCUCUACCGCCCCAGAGAAGAGCGCAGCCGGCAUCAGAGGAGCUCCUCCGUGCCGAAGAAGUUCGGCGAGGCGGACAGGUGGACCGACCCGCCUCGCAGCGCCACCCUGGACCGCAUCCAAGCGUGCGAGCAGCAGCCCCCGGCGGGCAAAAACCGCAGCCCGUCGUCCUCCAAGGACAUCGUCUCGGACCCGGCCAACGUCAACCACCCCGGCAACCUCCUGGCCACCGUCUUCUGGGUGGCCGUGUCGCUGAUGGAGUCCGAUUUUGAGUUUGAGUACCAAAUGUCGCUGAGGCUGCUGGACAAGCUGCUGGGCCACGUGUCGCUGGACAAGCGGGAGAACCGCGACAGGCUGGAGAAGCUGCAGGGCCAGCUGAAGUGGAGCAGCUUCACGGGCCUCCAGCAGCUGCUGCUCAAGGGCUUCACGUCCGCCACCACCGUCGACCUCACGCUGAAGCUCUUCUGGCAGCUCACGCCCGUUUCGCGGGUGUCCGUGGUGGACACCUCACAAGCUAUUGGUUUCCCCUUGAACGUCCUUUGCCUGCUCCCACAUCUUGUGCAGAAUUUUGAUGGGCCCACACACUUCUGUCAGGAUGUCGCCGAAAGGAUCGCACAGGUGUGCCUUGACGAGAAAAAUGACAAGCUCUCCAACCUGGCCCACGUCAUGACUCUUUACAAGACGCACUCUUACACCCGCAACUGCUUCUCGUGGGUCAACGUGGUGUGCAGGUACCUCCACGAGGCCUUCUCGGACAUCACGCUCAACCUGGUCACGUAUAUGGCGGAGCUGUUGGAAAAAGGUCUCCCCAGUAUGCAGCAGACAAUUUUACAGAUCAUCUACAGUCUGCUGAGUCACAUGGACCUGAGUGGGAUCCAAGCCAAAACUUUCAACAUGGAAGUCCUCAGGACCAUCGAGAAAUUUGCCCAGACGGCCCACUGGAGGGAAGCGCUGAACAUCCUCAAGUUGGUGGUGAGCCGCUCGGCCAGUUUGGUGCAGCCCUCCGGGGACCUCUCCUACGAGGACAUCAGCCGAGUGUGGGAGCGCUCGUCUAAGGCCUUGCCUGGGAAAACGCUGGAUUUCCACUUUGACAUAUCCGAGACGCCCGUGAUCGGUCGGCGCUACGAUGACCUGCGUCCCUGCCCGGUCCGAGACGGCAAGAGUAGAAGCGCGGCGGUGACGCGCAGCACCUCCUCCUCCUCCGGCUCCCUGGGGUCCACGUCCAAGAACGUCUUGGUGCCGGUCAGCUGGAAGAGGCCUCAGUCUUCCCAGAAAAGAACCAGAGAGAAACUUGUGCACGUUUUAUCUUUGUGCGGGCAGGAAGUGGGUCUCACAAAAAACCCUUCGGUGAUUUUCUCGAGCUGCGGCGAGCUAGAUCUGAUGGAGCACCAGCCGAGCCUGGUUUCAUCCGAAGACGGAACUCGAGAAGCCGACACGGUGGACGACACCACCUCGGAGCAGCAGUUCCGGGUCUUCCGAGACUUUGACUUCCUGGAUGUGGAGCUUGAAGACGGAGAGGAGUUGCAGGGUGAGACGGUGGACAACUUCAACUGGGGUGUGCGCCGACACUCGGUCGACAGCCUGGACCAGAGCGACCUGCACGCACUGGAGGAGAGCCACCUGUCCAGCAGCAUGCCCAGCCUGAGCCGCGUCACUGGCGAAGACGACUCGGAGGAGUCCUCCUCCGAGGAGGAGGAGGGGGAGGAUUCCCUCUCGGCCAGCCAAAUCCUCUCCCGCUCGCAGCUAGCCGGCGACCUCUCCCCAACCGCCGAGAUCCAUAACAUGGAUUCUCCCUCCUUUUGUAGCAACAUGUCGGCCAACUCCACGCCUCUCAGCAGCAAAAAUCCCAGUUUCGAGGUCCAACUGCCGGAGGACUCGAAGCAGCGGUUUUUACAAGCAGAUGAAGACACAAACGUGGAGGACACGUCGCCGUCCGUAAGCUCCCUCCCUCCCGAGUUUCACUGCGGCGACACUCUGGAGGCUCCGCCUACUCUCUACAAAGAUCCGGACCUCCACAGCUUCUUGCCCAGCCUCGCAGAGGAGGAGCGAGAUGACGUCACGGUGGGCUCGGGCUCUUCGCCGCCACCCUCGCCCUUCUUCUCCGCCAUCCUGGCGGCAUUCCAGCCGGCGGCGUGCGACAACGCCGAGGAGGCCUGGCGCGCCCACCUAAACCAGCUGGUGUGCGACUCGGACGGCUCCUGCGCCGUCUACACCUUCCACGUGUUCUGCUGCCUCUUCCAGAGUAUCCAGAGCAAAUUUAGCUCACUGACCUGCGACGCUGUGAGUUACCUCAACGACAGCCUGAGAGGAUUAGGAGCAAAGUUGCUGAGGUCGUCUCAAAUGCUGACCACGUGUGCCGAGUGCCCCUUGUUGUUUAUUGACGCCGACACAAUCAUGUCGUACGGUCUCCUGGAUAAAAUGAAAUUCAGCGUGCUGGAGCUGCAAGAGUACCUGGAUACUUACAACAGCAAAAAGGAGGCAACACUCACGUGGCUGAGCAGCUGUAAGGCCACCUUCCUCCGAAGUCCUGACACGACACGCCAACCCAUGGAGCAGGAGGAAAAGCAAAUGGAAUCUCUUGCUCAACUGGAGCUGUGUCAAAGACUCUACAAACUCCACUUUCAGCUGUUACUGCUGUUUCAGUCCUACUGUAAGCUGGUCGAGCAGGUCUACGCAAUCAGCUCUCUUCCCAAACUCAGCAACAUGUCCCGAGAGCUGAGCGACUUGAGGAGCCAGUUGAGAGCGGCGUCGUUGGAAGAUGACAAAAGGGCGCCAGGAGAGCCGUGCGCCUUCAGCUCGUCCGAGGCGGCCGUGCAGGCCAUCUUGGAAGUUCUCAAGAGCGGCGGCUUCACCUCGGCCAUUCGCUACAUUCGGGAAUGCAGAACAACGUGGCCCAACGACAUUUUCGGCAGCCCCUCGGAGGACGAGGUCCAGACCCUGCUCAGCAUUUACUUCCGUCACCAGACGCUGGGCCAGACGGGCACCUUGGCUCUGGUGGGCUGCAAACGGGACCUGAGUGACGUCUCGGCCAAGCUGACCGAACUCAACGGGGAGAUGCGCGACGUGAUUGGCCGGGUACGCGGCUACUGGGCCGUCGCCGCCUUCCUGCCCGACGCCAAGGUGUCGGGAUCCAGCCUCUGAUCGCAAUGCGCUCGACGGCUCUUCUUGCACUACUGACGCGGCAUUCACACGCAACUGCGCCCGAAAAGAGUUCAUGCCGCUUCUUUGGUCACCACCGCUUUUCCCUUUCCCCCUCAAAAUUCUACACACCGACAUGAAAAACAUUUUUGACAGGGUGCAUAUGGGCAAACACUCACACAAGAUACCAAUAUGAAAUGUAUUUAUUUUUUGCUCUUUUCUUGAAAAUAAGAAACAAAAGUCCCAUAUCCAUAAAUGUUGACAGUCUUUGCCCAAUACAUUUUUUAUGCACCUUAUCUUAUCACAGGCUGAAAUCUUCUUGACUCUGCCACAAGCUUGGCACACCGAUUUCUGGGCACUUUGGCACAAUAUAUACUUACCGGCCGCACACUAAACAGAUAUAACAUACCAAAGCUUUGCAAUUCAUCUUAAAGGGGAAUUGUGCAAUUUUCUUUCACACACGUGGAAGAAUUUUACUGUGCAGUAAAGAAUGUAUUUGAAAGGAAAACGUAAGAAGGGAGGACGUAUUACUUAGUGAUGUGUGUGUGUGCUUGUGUACGUGUGGGAUUUUAUCCGGCGGCUAUUUUAGAUGGGAAUUACGGACGCCGAUUUAAAUGGACUGUAGUCAAACUACUUUGAAAUGCUGCAGAUCUACUGUAAUGCUAUGAGUGCGUUAUGCAUUACAAAAAAAAAAGUACUUUGUAUUUGGAACAGCUUUUUAGCAAAUGACAUUUAUAUUUAAGGAAAACAUUAUUUUUUUGAGCCUGUUACACACUUCUUAGUUUCUUUGUGAACAAAACUAUUUUCAAUGAAUAACUGUACAUAGCGCUAUUGGAAGCUUUAUUCGAGUCUAUUUUUAUCAACUUGCAAUGUGACUUGCCUGCGAUUGGCUGGCAAUCAGUUCAGGGUGCAGCCCGCCUACUUCCCCGAAGAAAGCUGGGAUAGGCUCCUGCACGCCCGAGACCUUCAGGUUUGGAUAAUGGUUGGAUAGAGUGCGAUUUGCAUAUACAGUGAGUAGAAGAGAUGCAUAUUUUUAAAGAUGUAGAAGUUGUAGUUGGAUGUUGUAAAUAGUCUUUGCCAUGUCCUGAAUUUGGUGUUGUGUACACUUAAUGUUACAAUUAAAAAUAAAAUGUACCUUUGUCAAAUAUU